AUGCCAACCGAUCUCGCCCCUGAGCAAGAUCUAAGCGGUCGCUUUCGAUCACUGCGAAGAAUCGGAGAAGGAACGUACGGCGUAGUAUUCAAAGCAAUCCACGUACGGGACAACGUAAAAUGUGCUCUCAAAAUGAUUCGGACCGACAGAGACGAGGAAGGUAUUCCGAGCACAUGCCUGCGUGAAAUUUCAUGUAUCAAAGAUCUGCAGCAUGAUAAUAUUGUCACUCUGUUCGAUAUAAUCUACGCAAACAGCAAACUGUACAUGGUGUUCGAAUUCAUUGAUCGCGACCUGAAAAAUCUGAUGGAGAUGCUCGAACCAACAGGUAGAAUGCUUCCGAAGGAAUACGUAAAAUCAUUCAUGUGGCAACUUCUCUCAGCUCUCUCUUAUUGCCACUUACGGAGGAUCGUUCAUCGAGAUUUGAAACCACAGAAUAUUCUUGUUUCGGAUUCAGGCGUUGUGAAAAUUGCAGAUUUUGGAUUGGCAAGAAACUUCUCGUUUCCCAGCCGAAACUACACACAUGAAGUCGUCACCCUCUGGUACCGUCCACCUGAGGUUAUUUUCUGA